UCUCUCGUUUGACUCUCAAACCCGUAAAAAAAAAAAGUAAAACUUCAAAACCCUAACCCUUCAAAUCCAUUUUCCCCCAAAUCAAAUCAAAUCAAAUCCUCUUCAAUUUCUCCGAUCUGCUGCUACUGCUUCUUCGCGUUCUUCUUCCCUGCCUGCUCCUGCAAUUCUCUCUCGCGAUUCCAGUUGGGGCAACGUGUGUGUGAUUCCGCCAGAUCCAUAGUUUUUCAGACUCACAUUGGGGAAGAGUUUCAGGAGAAGAAUGAAGAACACCGAGCGACUUGCGAAUUUCGCUUUACUAGGUUUAACCUUGGCACCGCUUGUUGUGAAAGUGGAUCCGAAUUUAAAUGUUAUUUUGACUGCCUGCAUCACUGUGUUUGUCGGAUGUUAUCGUUCUGUCAAACCAACCCCACCAACUGAGACGAUGUCCAAUGAGCAUGCCAUGCGGUUUCCCUUUGUUGGGAGUGCAAUGUUGCUAUCACUUUUCUUACUCUUUAAGUUUCUCUCAAAGGACUUGGUGAACACUGUUUUGACAGGCUACUUCUUUGUACUUGGGAUUGUUGCGCUCUCGGCAACAUUAUUGCCAUCCAUUAAACGCUUUCUGCCAAAUCAUUGGAAUGACGACAACAUAGUCUGGCGUUUUCCAUAUUUUCGUUCUUUAGAGGUUGAGUUUACAAGAUCACAGAUAGUUGCUGCAAUCCCUGGGACAUUUUUUUGUGCUUGGUAUGCUUUGCGGAAGCAUUGGUUGGCAAAUAAUAUAUUGGGUCUUGCUUUCUGUAUUCAGGGAAUUGAAAUGCUUUCUCUUGGGUCUUUCAAGACUGGUGCUAUUCUCUUGGCUGGUCUUUUUGUCUAUGACAUUUUCUGGGUUUUCUUCACUCCUGUGAUGGUUAGCGUUGCCAAAUCAUUCGAUGCUCCAAUUAAGCUAUUGUUCCCUACAGCAGAUGCUGUGAGGCCAUUUUCAAUGCUUGGGCUUGGUGAUAUUGUUAUCCCUGGUAUUUUUGUAGCAUUGGCUUUACGGUUUGAUGUGUCCAGAGGAAAACAGCCCCAGUAUUUCAAAAGUGCAUUUUUAGGAUACGCUGUUGGUGUGAUCCUUACAAUUGUAGUGAUGAAUUGGUUUCAGGCUGCACAGCCUGCUCUUUUGUAUAUUGUACCUUCUGUAAUUGGAUUUUUGGCUGCUCAUUGCGUAUGGAAUGGUGAAGUCAAACAGUUGUUGGAGUUCGAUGAGUCAAAGACUGCCAAUUCAUCCCAAGAAGAAGUUGAUGCUAAAGUUACCAAAAAGGAUGAAUAAGUCAGCAUCCCCAAUACCAAAUACUUCUGAGUCAUAGAAGAGACACUGUUAUUUUUGUUUUUUGGGAACGCCAUGACUUUUUGAGCUAACUUAUUUAGCAGCACACCUCUGUAACAGAUUGUGUUUAAAAGAAAUAUGUUGGUGUUGCUUUUCA